AUGUUUAAACAAUUUCUUCAAGCAAAUGCCCUACAAUAUCUCCAGAUCGAUAGCUGUAGAUUGGGAAGUGUGAAUGAAAACAUGGCAGUACUUCUCAUGGCAAAAAAAUUCAACAGUAAGAUCAUAUAAUAAUCCUUCAAAAUCAGAUUAAUUGAAAUUUAAAAGCGACAGUUGCAGUGGCGUACACACAAACCAUGUGGCCCUUGUGCGAAAAUGACUCGUGGGCCCCCCCUUCCUAUCUCCCUCCACACACACAUAGACAGAUACAGACACACACAUACAAACAAACAGACAGGCACACAGAUACAUACAUACAAACAGACAGAGACACACACACACACAAGACCCACAUACAUAAAAAAACAGAUAGGCACACAUACACACAGGCAGACACAGACAGACAUACACACAUACAGACACACACACACACACACACACAAGGUGCACAUACAUACAUACAAACAGACAAGCACACACACAUACAGGCAGACACAUACAGACAGACACACAUACAUACGAAGACAUACAAACAGGCAGACACACACACACACACAGACAUACAUACAGACACACAUACAUACAAACACACACACAAAAUGUUUAUGUCACCCUCCUGUUUCUUACCUUUUAGGUGCAGGAGGGUGACUGGGGUGCAGUGGUGGCUCAGGUGCAUCCUCUCUGCAUCCUGACUUGCGGUCACUUCCUUCCAGCUUGUGAUGUCAUCACAGGGGGCCCGGUCACGCUGUUAACACGCCCAGUGCUGACCGGACCCCCUUAAAUCCAUAAGCAUCGGGUGGCCCUGACAGCAUCCACCCGAUGGACCCCUUGGACGGCGGCCCCCGGUGGUUUGCAGAAGAUGAUGGCGGCGGAUACCCGGUCACAGGGGUCGGCAGGGCGGCCGGACCCCCUGGAAUGGCGGGCCCGGUCGCAGCUGUGACCCCUGCGACCGCGGUAUGUACACCGCUGGACAGUUGCAUGUAGGAAAGAAACACGAAUAUAAAACACGUAGACAGAUGGAAAAAAUAUAAUGUUGAUUAGUAUUUUAUGAUAUAACUUAAUAACUUCAAUCAGUGUCCACUGGGUUUUUAUUAUUUCCUGAAUUUUAGCAAAUGUCAUUCUGUAAUUUUUGUAAUAAUGUCAAAUAAUCAACCAUAGAUUGCAUUGACCUGUAAUGCACAUGAUAUUCAAUGGAUGUCUGUAGAUGAUGAAUAGAAAGUGAAUUUGUUUGCAAAUGAUGUCCUGUAAGCUAUUAUUCAACCAUUUUCCAUGACUAUGGCAAAAUUUCAUACUAUAAACGGAAUGUGCCAUUGACCUGAGACAUGACAUUCUCAUCCAAAACACCACACGAUCUAUUUCUCCAAAAUUACCCCAGAUUAGGUUUUGAGAUUGAGACAACUCUGCACAGGUUUUAAAAAAAAAAAUCAUAUAUAUUGGCUUGGCAGUUCUAUUUGGUACAUUUGAGCACAGUUUUGUAAGGAACUCAGCAGGUAAGUUGUUUCAAACGUCUUGGAGAACUAACCACAGUUCUUUUGUAGAUUUUGACAUACUCAGUUGCGUCUGUCUCUUUAUUUUCUUCUUGCAGUGCUGUAUGCGCGUAGAUGCAGUGUGCACAGCAAUGCGAGAAUUAACCAAUUUUCAUACUUUGACUGACCAUGUGAUGUGAGUAAAAAAAAAGAAAAGAAAAUGAUUUAAAAAAAAAUAUUUCUGCAAAACGUAGGUCAUUUUUAAUUAGCUGUUUGGUUGUGGUAAAAGUGGGAAGUGACUGUUCCUUUUAUGUAAUGGGUGACUUUACAUAGCUAAGAAGUAUAGUAUAGAAAUUGGAGGUCAUAGUGGGAAAAUGUGUGCACAUUGAUACUCUGUGUGGGGGAAGGGACUAUGGCAGCACUGUAGCAGUAUUUACCUGGUCAGCACAGCAAUACGAUAUUUCCGUGCAAGACACAUGCGCUCAACUGAUAAACCAUUCACGCGGCCCGAAAUCUAGAAAUGCAAAGGCUGCUCACAUUCGAAGAGUGCUCUUAAAGGCACAGAGAGGGGGUCACAUCACUUCUGGUUUCAUGCGGACAACGUCGAUCUGGAAUCCCCAUUCACACGUGUUUUGGGGUCGCAGGUGUGAAGUGGUCCAAAGUUAUUUUGCCCUAUCUACACUCCCUAUCAUGGAUUCUGUUCCUAGUAGCUGUUUAGUGCAUUCCUUGUUGCUAUAUGUUUUUUUUCUGGUAUUGAACUUGGCUAGUUUGUGACUCUAUUUUCCUGGCUAUUUGAUUAUUCUGUCUCUCUGUUAUCCUGCCUUUGGCUUGUAUUUGACAAGGAUGUCUCUCUUUUGUACGUUAAGCCAGGCCACUCUCUAGGUCCAGUAAUAUGUCUGUUCUAUCUAGUCAGCUAUUGUUAUCCAAAAUUCUGCAUAUGUUAGGGAAUAUUCCUGUGACAAUUAUCAGUUUAUCACAGUUAAUCGUAUCAUAUAUCAUUUACAAUCCAAACAUUAAAGCAUGUUGCUGCAUUGAUGACCUGAUAAGCACUUUUUACUUUUUUCUAUGCAGUUCCUGUAUGUCCUCAUGCUGGUGGAGUUGGACUCUGUGAAUUGGUACAACAUUUGAUAAUAUUUGAUUAUAUUUCGGUUUCAGGAAGUCUGGAGAACAGGUUAGAGACAUUUUGUUGACAAACUAAAACAACAUAUCAAGACAAGGCUAUAACCUAUCCCCUAUUUUCCUUUAUUAAAUGCUAUGCAAAUAUGAGCACACACCCAAUGUAAUCUUUUGUUUGUCUUUGCCAGUGACUGCUGUGAAAACAUAGAACAAGAUAUUCAUUCUUAUAGGAUUAUUCACUAAAUGAUGGAUUUUAAAAACUACUUAGAAUCACUUAUCUUAGAAAAUAAAUAUUGGGAUUUAAGUUAAAGGGAUUCUAUAGUGUUAGGAAUACAAAUCUGUAUUCCUUAUACUAUAGUUCCCUCUGCCUUCCCCCCUCUCAUGGAAAGGGUUUAACGAUUACCCAAUUACAACUAUAUGUCCCUCGGUGCUGGGACGCAUACAUUGACGCAAUGCUUUCCUAUGACGAUUUUACUGACACUGGAUGUCUUCAUGCGCUGCAUGAGGACAUCCAGUGUCAGGCUACGUAAAGUCGGUUAACCACCAGGAUUGCCUCUAGCAGCUGUUUUAUUGACAACCACUAGGGGCAAUCUUAGUCCUGAAAUGCAAUCAUUGCAGUUUUUUAACAACUGCCAUGAUUUAUAUUACAGGACUAAGAGUGACAGGGGCACUGCACCCCACUUUAAUGAGCUGAAGUGGUCUAGGUGCCUUUAGUCUCCCUUUAAGCCCACCACUGUGUCACAGUACCCCAAUAUCAGUGGCUCCUACACUAAUAUUAACAUGGGAGAUUAACUAGCUAACUACUUAAAUAGUGCCAGGGCUAAAUGAAUAUAACAUAAACUAAAGUGCAUUUAAUUAAUUCAAUAUAAGUGUGCAAAUGUGCUUCCAUUGGACAAAUAGUUGAUUCUUUUUUUUUUUAAUCUGGGCCCAGAUUUGAAGCAUUAGGAUUUGGAUUUCAGCUGUCCAUCUGAAAUCCAAAUCUGAGUGAAGGUUUGUAGUCUGAAUUGCAAAUUCUGGACAUUGUGAAAUAAGUCAGAAUUAUGCAGCCAGUUGGUUUUGCUCCGUGUGCUAAUAGGCCAUUCGGACUUUAAUGAAUAACCAUCAAUUUACAAAGUAGGAGUAUUUUAGGCUUGUGCAGCAAUUUGCACUAUGGAACAUUUAAAGGAACACUCCCAUCCCAUUGCAGUUAAAGAGGCACUGUUACCAUCUGGGGAUUAUACAGAAUUUGCAAAGACCCCCAAAGGUGACAUCACCACUGUGGGUCUGGGGCCAAGAAGGCAUGUAAAGGUGAGUUCUACUUAUCCAUCUCUCACUGGCACAGCUGUUCUCCUCUGGUGGGUCCUCUUCAACAUUUGACGCUUCAGUGCCAGGAGCCGUCACUGCUCUAAUCUAGCGAACGUGUGAGAGUACAGCAUUGAGGUCUGGAGGAUUCUACAAGAACCUCCAUAGGCAGAGCCAGUUACCUGCAGCCAUCACUGGUGGGGGGGAUUGGCACUUCUGGAUGGCAGUAGCUCAGCCCAGUGUAUAGUAGUGUCAGACAUAGGAAAUAUACAAAGAUAUUGACUAGGUUGGAAUUUCUGUGAAAUUUCAACACAGUCAAAAUGUGUAUAUCACAAAGAUUAAGAAUGAUUUAUUUUUCAUAACGAUGAAGGGGGAUGACAGUGCUUAAGCUAUGGGGCAUGGAGUUCUCGGGCACAGUCUUACCUUACAAAGUUGUCACCUGGUGUUACAGCCUCCUCAGUUUUCCUAUGGCUGCUGCACUGUUCAGGAAAUUGCGUGCAGGUGUCACUCUCAGCCUAUCACCAGCCACCAAGGCAAACCUUCCUGAUCGUUGUGGUGGCCAGUGGAUGAGACCGAAGACACUGCUGCUAGCCUCCCGGGUGGGUGGGGACAGCUUUGUGGUUAAACUUAAGGAGCUAAGUGGGGAAAUAAGUGAACCUCUGUAUUUAAUUUUUCAAGAUUCUUUUGUUUGCCUGGAAAUUGAGCUUAAAGUGAGCUUAACUUCUGUAACUGGGAAAAUAUUUGAAAGGCUAUUAAGGGAUAAUAUUCAUUGGGAAGAAUUUUGUUAUUAGCAAUAAUCAGCAUGGUUUUAUGAAACAUAGGUCAUGUCAAACUAAACUAAUUGCAUUCUACGAAGAAGUAAGUAGAAGUAUAGAUCAGGGUGUUGCAGUAGAUGUGAUCUACUUGGAUUUUGCCAAGGCAUUUGAUACGGUUCCUCACAAUAGGUUAGUCUUCAAACUAAAAUAAAUUGGUCUAGAUGAAUGUUCUUGGGUAGAACAUUGGCUUAAGGAUAGAGUACAACGAGUUGUCAUUAAAGGUAAAUUUUCAGGCUGGACAAAAGUGGUAAGUGGUGUCCCUCAGGGUUCUGUUUUGGGACCACUUGUAUUUAACAUAUUUAUAAAUGAUCUUGAAAUAGGCAUUGAAAGCCAUGUAUCAGUGUUUGCAGAUGACACAAAAGUUUGUAAAGUAAUAAAAAUGUGAGCAGGAUAUUGCUUUGCUGCAGAGGGAUUUGGAUAGAUUGGGGGACUGGGCACUAAAAUGGCAGAUUAAAUUUAACGUAGAGAAAUGCAAAGUUAUGCAUUUCGGGGUUAAGAAUGCACAAGCAAUUUACACCCUAAAUGGUAGUGAACUAGGGAUAACCACACACAAGAAGGAUUUGGGAAUUGUUAUAGACAACAAAUUAGGCAGCAAUAUGCAAUGUCAAUCUGCAGUUGCUAAGGCCAGUAAGGUUUUGUCAUGUAUAAAUACAGUAAGAGCAAUAAGGAUAUGGAAUUCUUUGCCUGAAGAGGUGCUUUUGUCAGAGUCAUUACAGAUGUUUAAACUGCAAUUGGAUAAAUACUUGCAAAAACAUAACAUACAGGGAUAUAAUUUUUAAUUAGUGGGGUAAUAGCUGCUUGAUCCAAGGAGACAUCUGACUGCUAUUUUGGGGUCAAGAAGGAAUUUUUUCCUAGUUUGUGGCGAAAUUGGAAGCGCUUCAGACUAGGUUUUUUGCCUUUUUUUGGAUCAACAGCAAAAACAUAUGUGAGGAAGGCUGAACUUGAUGGACGCAAGCAGGCCCGGACUGGCCAUCGGGCACACCGGGCAAAUGCCCGGUGGGCCGCGGUGGCCAUGGGCCGAGGCCGGCAGGGGAGAUCACAGGAUCUCCCCUGCCGGUCUAUGCAGGGCCGGCACUAUCCGAGCGCCGGCCCCGCUGUUUUCCAUGAAGGGCCGGUGAGGGAAAUCAAAGAUCUCCCUCACCGGCCCACAUGCUGUAUAAUGCGGCAGCGGGCAGGGGGAGAGGGGGGGAGACAGCCGCUAGGAGAGAGGACCCGGCGGAGCUCUAAAUUAGAGCUCCGCCGGGUUCCUCUCGCGAGAUCCGGCGCGUUGCCAUGGCAAUGACCGGAUCUCACCACAAGGACCACCAGGGAACCCCCCCCUCCCAGUCCCAGGGAUCAGUGUGCCGGUCCCCCCCUCCCAGGCUAAAGGUAAGAAGGGAGGGGGGGACAUAAUGCCUACUUUAUUUAUUUAACCCCCCUCCCCCCUACACACACAAUCCAUUCUAACAUUUAUACAGCACUUUCUCACACACAGCACUUUCUCACACACAGCACAGCACUCUCUCACACCCAUCACUCUCACACCCAUCACUCUCACACACAGCACUUUCUCACACACAGCACUUUCUCACACACAGCACUCUCUCACACCCAUCACUCUCACACACAGCACUCUCUCUCACACACAGCACUCUCACACACAGCACUCCCACACACAGCACCUCCUCACACACAGCACCUCACACAAAGGACCCCUCUCACACACAGCACUCUCCUCACACAGCACUCCCCACACACAGCACUCCCCACACACAGCACUCUCACACACAGCACCUCUCCCCUCACAGCACUCCACACAGCACUCACACACAGCACUCCACACACAAAGCACUCCCACACACAGCACUCCUCCUCACACACAGCACCCCACACACAGCACCCCUCCCUCACACACAGCACCUCCCUCACACACAGCACUCUCUCACAGCACUCUCACACACAGCACUCUCUCACACAGCACUCUCUCACACAGCACUCUCACACACAGCACUCUCUCACACAGCACUCUCUCACAGCACUCUCUCACAGCACUCACACACAGCACUCUCUCACACACACAGCACUCUCACACACAGCAGUCUCUCACAGCACUCACGCACUCUCACACACAUAGCACUCUCACACAGCACUCUCACUCACGGCACUCUCACUCACGGCACUCUCACACACAUCAUACACAGCACUCUCACACUCAUCAGACACACACACAUCACACAGAGCACUCUCACACACCGCACUCUCACACACAUCACACACCGCACCCCUCAGACACACAUACUGCACCCCUCACAUACACAUAGAACCCCCUCAACACACUGCACCACACACAUACACAAUACUUCCAAAUAUAUAUUUAUAUAUAUACACACACACUACACUCUUAACAUACACACUCUGGAUCCCCUAUACACACACUAGAUUCCUUGUAAGCAAACACAUACUACACCCCUAAACAUACACUACAUCACCUAUAUACACACACACACACACUAUAGCCUGUAUGCACACACUUGCUAUAUCCCCAAUACACACAUUCUCUACAGCCCCUAGCCACAUAUGCAUCACAUUACACCACAAACACAACAUGACUAAAACCAACCUUAUUACACAAUACCGCACCACAAUCAGCUCACUCUACACACACGCAAUACCACAAGCAGGCUCCAAACACAUGCACAAUACUCUUUCCUGGCAUUUUUGUUUCCUGGUAUCUUUAUAGAGACACCAGAGACAAUUUGCAAGGAAACACAGUGCAAGCAUGUUAUUAAAUUUGCUUGCACUGUGCAGAACAAAUACAGGGCUUUUUUAUCAUGCUAGAGCUCUUCAGCAGAGCUCUGCGCAUGGUCUGCCCUGGAAGAGCAUUGAACCAACAUGCUCACUUUGAGAGGGGGCGUGUUUGUCAUUGGUGAUGACAAAACACACCUCCUCUGCCCCCGCCCCCUUCUUAGUGGGCCGCUGUGUUAAAAAAUGCCCGGGCCGAAUUUUUCUCCCAGUCCGGCCCUGGACGCAAGUCUCUUUUCAGCUAUGUAACUAUGUAACCAAAAGUAACCAAAAGUGCCCAGAUGUUUUAAAACUACAGUUUCUAUGAUGCUUUGUCAUUCUAGAGGCAUACAAAGCAUGAGAGUUGUAGUGGGCAGCCCUGGGUUUAACGGUUUGAAAAUGGUUUAACAUUUCAGCAACUCCAGCCUCUAUAGUGGUGUCAUUGAGAUGCAGUAUGGGAGCUUGAUUCACCAGUGUCCCUCUUAAAUAUUUACACACUAUGGGGUUAAUUUACAAAAUUUAAAAUCACAGGAAGUUGAAAAGAAAACUGCAAAACGUGGAAUAAAAUAGCCCAUCUGGAAAACUAGUUGAUUUUCCCAGUUUGGUUAUAUUGAAUUUGCAAUUCCUUUGCCAGUUAUCCACAAUUCCAAGUAUAGUGACUAAACCCCUAAUUUACUAGUUUCCUUAAAUUGCUGUCAAAGCCUGUGUGUAUUUUUUCAGGAUGUGCGAGUAUGUGGAUCACCUCCAUGAACAUUUUAAAUAUCCAGUAUCCAUCCAUCAUGCUGCAUACAUGCCACCAAAAGUAAGUAGUAAUUAUAUGUUUAUCAUUCUGCCACACUGUUCAAAUCAAAAUGUACAUCAAAUGUUUUAUUUGCUUCUUAAUGCCUUCCUGGCACAACUCGAGAGCACUGAAACUGGGAUGUGGACUUACAACAGACAUCUUUUACUCCUUCAUAAGAAUUCUUCUGCUUAUGUUCCCGUCCUCACAAAAAAAUUGUAAAAUUGUAAUUAAUUAAACCGUUUGGUCCAGUGAAAUUGUACAAGUUUAGACAACUAACAUGCCAGCUCGUAUUAGUUUCUAUCACUUCCUAUUGGAAUGCAUUCAGUUUAAUUUUUACUCUUUCUCCAAUGCAAUCCUGAUGAAGCCAACAGAGCAAUCUAAUUGCUUGGAGAAAAUACCUGUGUCCCUCACUAAAAUACUGACAGAGAAAGAGAUUUAUGGGAAACACAGUUCCAGGCCCAGGUUUCAAAGAGCUGUAAUACAGAACCAGUACCACCAGGGGUGCCAAAAAAGUAGAUUCUUAGAUGUUGUAGAACUACUCAUGACACUUUGCAUGCCUUUAGAAUGCUUUAGCAUCAUGGAAGAUGUAGUUCUACAACAUCUGGGGAUCUACCUUUUGGGUAUUUGUGUCAUUUGUAUACAGCCGCACGCACAAAUAAAAAUACUGCCACAGAAAAUAAUAGGUGUUUAAAACAUUACUGCUAGACAAGACAACACAUUCUGAAAGUUCCCUCUUGAUGCCAACAGUAAUUGUAGCCGUGUUAUAGAACCUUUUUGUUACUUUAUAAAAACAAAUUAAGAUUGUUCCAUCAUGAUAUCUUAUUUUUAUGUGUAUUUUUUUUAAUCUUAGGAUCCUGGCUAUUCCACUGAAAUGAAAGAAGAGUCUGUAUUACAGUAUCAGUUCCCAGAUGGAGAAGUUUGGCAUCAGUUAAUUAUUGAUAAAAAAGUUGAAGUCUAA